AUGGGAAAAGCACCCCUCUCCAGGAACUCCAGGCCCAACAUCGUGCUGCUGAUGGCAGACGACCUCGGAGCGGGGGACUUGGGCUCCUACGGGUACAACACGCUGAGCACGCCGAACCUCGACCGCCUGGCCGCCGAAGGCGUGAGGCUGGCCCAGCCCCUGGCCGCCGCGUCCGUGGGCACCGCCAGCCGGGCCGCCUUCCUCACCGGCCGCUACCCUGUGCGAUGGGGAAUGGCGUCCGCCUUCAAUCGGAUCCGCGGCCUUACCUGGCUUGGAGGUUCUGGUGGCCUUCCCGCCACCGAAACGACUUUCACGGAGCUGCUGCAGCGCCGUGGCUACCGCACGGGACUCAUAGGAAAAUGGCACCAAGGUCUGAGCUGUGCCACGUGGAACGACCACUGUUGCCACCCCCUGAACCAUGGGUUCGACUCCUUCUGCGGGUUGCCCUUCGGCCUCCUGAGCGACUGCCGGGCCUCCGAGACGCCCGAGCUGCACCGCGGGCUCAGGACCACGUUGGCCAUCUCCACGGCUGUCGUUGGCCUCGCCCCUCUCCUGCUACUCAUCCCCAAGUGCACCCGCUGGUGGGCCGUCCCGUGGAAGGUCACCGUCCCCAUGGAGUUGCUUGCGCUGCUGUUUUUCGUGAGCUGGUACUCCAGUUACGGGUUCGUCCGGCGCUGGAACUGUAUCCUCAUGAGGAACCAUGAGAUCAUCCGGCAGCCCAUGCAGGAGGACAGAGCGACGUCGCUCCCGCUGAAGGAAGCCGUCUCCUUCAUCGACAGGCACCGGGAAGAACCGUUCCUCCUCUUCUACUCCUUCCUUCACGUCCACACGCCUCUGCCCACGACAGAGCAGUUCCUGGGGACCAGCAAGCACGGCUUAUACGGGGAUAAUGUGCAAGAGAUGGACUUCUUCGUGGGCAGACUUCUUGCGGCCAUUGAUGAGCUGGGGCUGAGAAACCACACACUGGUCUACUUCACGUCGGACCACGGAGGGCACCUGGAGGCAAGGCUGGGCCAGAUACAGCUUGGCGGAUGGAAUGGCAUAUACAGAGGAGGGCAAGCCAUGGCCGGCUGGGAAGGCGGCAUUCGUGUCCCUGGACUUGUGCGGUGGCCCGGAAAACUGCAAGCUGGGAAAAUCAUCGACGAACCUACGAGCUUGAUGGAUAUUUUCCCCACGAUAGCGGCUUGGACGGGAGCGACGGUCCCUCAGGACAGGCCGAUUGAUGGCCGCAACCUGAUGCCCUUGCUUCUGGGUGACGUCGAGCGUUCCGAGCAUGAGUUCCUCUUUCACUACUGCGAUGCGUACCUACACGCUGCACGCUGGCACCCGCGGGACAGCGAGGCUGUGUGGAAGGUGCAUUACGUCACCCCUGUGUUCCUGCCCCCAGGAGCCCAGGCGUGCUACGAGAUCAAGCUUUGUAAAUGCACUGGGGAAUAUGUCAGCUCCCAUGACCCACCCCUGCUCUUUGAUCUCUCCCGGGACCCCUCGGAGUCCACUCCGCUGACCCGCGACACAGAACCCCUCUAUGACCUAGUGAUCACAAAAGUAUCGGAGGCCGUAAGACAACACAAGAAAACCAUCAUCCCCGUGGAGCUACAGCUGGAAAAAGAACGGAACCAUGACCACAUAUGGCUGAGGCCCUGCUGUGGGGUGUUCCCUUUCUGUAUUUGUGACAAAGAAGGAGCACAUCAUCCUGAGAAGCUACAGUGGACUGAGCACAGGCAGUGA